AUGCGCCCCCUCCCCCUCCCGCUCUGGGCCUUAAUAUCCGCCCACCUCUCCCUCGCCGAACAACAAACCCCGCUCCAACAACCAACCGCCAUCCGAAAAAUGCCCCCCAACAACCCCUCCCUCAAAUUCCACUCCCACUUUUGCGCCUUCGACCCCUCCCAAACAUCCCCUUCCAACUCUUCUGCUGCGGUCCUCCUCCCGAGAGAUGGAACCUCCUUCUCCGCCCCCCUCCGCGCAGUCUACAACCCUCCUCCACCCGCAUCCCCCAACCCACAACGACGAGGGGUGCUGGGAGUAAGCAAAAGACAGUGGUCCUGUCCGACAGACACCCUAUUAUGCAGCAACAUCGGCUACCCCAACACCUGCUGCCACGAAGGGUCGACAUGCAUCAAAAUCCCGGAUACUGGCUUGGGGCCGGUGGGUUGCUGCCCGGAUAACACCCAGUGCACAGGGGGCGUGACGAGUUGCGGGGAGGGGGGGGUUGGGUGCCCGAGUGAGGUUGGGGGAGGGUGUUGUUUGAAGGGGUGGGUUUGCGGCGGGUUGGUGUUCCACUUCCUGUUCCCAUCCCAACUACAACCACGACCUCGGCUCCGCUGGAGGCAACCAACAACAACUACUUCAGAGUCGAGUUCUACUCCGGAAACGACGUCAACUCGACCCCAGUCAUCGACAACUACGUCUGAUGACGCCCCGGAGACGUCUACAACGGGUGAACCGGGAUUUUGUCCCACGGGGUAUUAUGCUUGUCUUGCUCGUGCGAAUAACGAGGGGGGGUGUUGUCAGAUAGGUCGGGGUUGCGCCGAGACUGAUUGCCCGCCUUUGACUUCCUCGACGACGGUGGUUGAUGGCAAUGGGGUGACGAUUGCGGUGCCGAUGCCGACUGGUGCGCCGCCUGUGAUGGGGGAUGAGUGUGCUAAUGGGUGGUUCAUGUGCAAUGAGAGGGAUGAAAGUGAGGGGUGCUGUCCUGAUGGGUAUGGUUGUGGGACGGCGAGCUGUACGCUUGUGAGAGCGGGGGAGACGGCUGGGGUUGCGAAGGCUUUGCCGGGGACGGGGGCUGCUGUGAGGUAUGAGGGGGCGUUUGUGGGAGCUUUGGUUGGGGUGGCUGGGAUGGUUAUGGCUUUUUGA